GGCGGGUGCAGCUAAGAAAAUUAUAAGGUCAUUUGAAUUACUCUGACGAGCGAGCUUAUCAGCUACAAUGAGGCAAAAAACGCCAUCGGCUGUAACAAUGAACGGAUGAUGAUCGCGGGAGUAAAGUCGAGGCACACGGCCGGGCGCUUUUAACUCCAGUACCACCGAAGGAGGGGCUGCUUGAUCCGCUAUUAGCGGAGUUCCCGGUGUGCGUGUGUGUUUGUGUGUGGCUCUCUGAAGCCGGGCGAGCGGCGGCGAGGAGUGGGGGACCGGGCCAGCCUAUAAGCCGAUCAAGGUGGAAUCGCACACAACGAGUUUGGCGUCUGGAGAGUUUCUGCGUACAUAACAUAACGUGACUACGUGGGCUCGGUACAAGGAUGAUGCGUCUAGCGUGCUGCACAGCUCUGCUGUUUGUGCUGAGGUUGCUGGUGGGCUUGCCUUGGUACCAGGUCAUCCCGGGCAUCCUGAUAUUCUACCUGGGAGCUGGAGGAUGGAGCUUCAUACAGAUUUUCAUCAAAACCGUCGGCCGAGACCUGCAUGCGGCAAGUGUUCUGUUGCGGGUGAAGCUGAAUGUCAGACGCCAUCUCCGAGAGAAGAACACCAUCCCCAAGAUCUUUGCCGAGACAGUGCAACGCUUUGGGGACAAAACAGCACUGAUCUUCGAGGGAACUGGGGAAAAGUGGACCUUCCGACAGCUAGAUGAAUACUCCAACAGAGUAGCUAAUCUGCUGCUAGAACGGGGUUUCAAGGAUGGGGAUGUGGUGGCCCUCUUCAUGGAGAACAGGUCCCAGUACGUGGGCCUCUGGCUGGGCAUGGCCAAGAUCGGAGUGGAGGCUGCUCUCAUUAACUUCAAUCUGAGACUAGAGGCCUUGGUCCACUGUGUAACCAUCUCAAAUGCCAAGGCUGUGGUGUUUGGAUCGGAGCUGACAGAUGCGGUUUCUGAGGUGCACAGUUCCAUGGGGAAAACAGUUCAGAUGUUCUGCUCCGGAGACUGGGACCCCAAACGGGUCCCACAGGGAACCGAGUGCCUAGAGCCCCUGCUGGCUGACGCCCCCACCCACUUGCCCAGCCGGCCGCAACGCUGCUUCACAGAUCGCCUGUUCUACAUUUACACGUCAGGAACCACUGGGAUGCCUAAAGCUGCCAUUGUUGUGCACAGCAGGUUCUACCGCAUGGCAGCCUUGGUAUAUUAUGGUUUUAGGAUGAAUUCAGAUGACGUGUUGUAUGAUUGCCUUCCACUCUACCACUCUGCAGGUAACAUAGUCGGAGUGGGCCAGUGUAUAAUACAUGGAAUGACUGUAGUCAUCAAAAAGAAGUUCUCUGCGUCGCGUUUCUGGGACGACUGUGUCAAGUACAACUGCACUAUUGUGCAGUACAUUGGAGAAAUCUGCCGCUACCUACUGAACCAGCCGAUCCGGGACACAGAGCGACAACAUCGGGUGCGCAUGGCACUGGGCAAUGGUCUGCGCCAGUCCAUAUGGGAGGAGUUCAUCAACCGCUUCAAUGUCCCGCAGAUUGCUGAGUUCUAUGGAGCCACAGAGUGCAACUGUAGCUUGGGCAACUUUGAUAACAAGGUUGGCGCAUGUGGCUUCAACAGUCAGAUUCUACCCUUCAUCUACCCCAUCAGACUGGUGAAAGUUGAUGAAGAGACAAUGGAGCUUAUUAGGGGACCCGAUGGAGUCUGCAUUCCCUGUAAACCUGGUGAGCCUGGCCAGCUGGUAGGUAGAAUUAUUCAGAAUGACCCACUGCGGAGGUUUGAUGGCUAUGUCAACCAAUCAGCAACCAGCAAGAAGAUUUCCCAGAGUGUCUUCAAGAAAGGAGACAGUGCCUAUCUUUCUGGUGAUGUGCUGAUCAUGGAUGAGUGUGGCUACAUGUACUUCAAAGACCGAACAGGAGACACUUUCCGCUGGAAAGGAGAGAACGUGUCGACCACUGAGGUGGAGGGAAUCCUCAGCAGACUGCUGGACAUGAAAGAUGUGGUUGUCUAUGGAGUAGAAGUAGCAGGAGCAGAGGGCAAGGCUGGAAUGGCAGCCAUCGCCGAUCCCUCUCACUCCUCUGACCUGGAGAAGUUUGUGAAGGACAUGGAGAAGACUCUUCCUCCAUACGCAAGACCUGUCUUCCUCCGCUUCCUCCCGGAGGUCAACAAGACAGGCACAUACAAGUUUCAGAAGACGGACAUGCGUCGAGAGGGCUUUGACCCCAACUUGGUGUCAGACAGACUGUACUUCCUGGAUCCCAGCAGAGGGCGCUAUGUGGAGCUGGACGAGGAGCUGCACCGCUCCAUCGUCUCAGGGAAACAGAAAUUGUGAUAACCAGGCUGGCCACCUUAUCUACACACACGUGCAAGCAUGCACACACAAACAAAUAUACACAUAGACCCAGACACAGGGAAAGUAGAAAAACUGUGAAACCAGAAUAGCAGAGUGAAGAUCUGAUCCAUUGUCCAACACACUCGAACAGUGUCUGUAAAGUUAUAGCCAUACACUCCAGUACACCCUUGCACCCAUGCAAACACACUGGCAGUUUCAUUUAUCAACACAUUUACACACAUACACACAUGCUAUUCCCAAAACCACCUUGCUCCUUGGUCCCAAAAAACAAACUUGAACACUCUACCCUACCACCCUCUCCUCUCCUUUCCCACACACACAUACACACACACACUACUCCAUCCUUUCUGAAAUCUCCCAGGCCAUGCCUCUCGCUACCUCAGCAAACACAGAGAGGGGCAGCAACCCAGUAACCAGGUCUCAUUUGGUCUUACACCGCUAUAACUUGAAACAUCCCUCCAUCGCCACACAAUCCCUCCCCACAUGGACCUCCACUGACAUCCUCGACAACACCCCUGCCUCCCUCCACCCACUCCACCCCCAUCACGACAAAGUCCAACGGGAACCCCUGAACCUGAUGCUUUGCCAGAGAAGAGAAGAGGAGUGUGAGGUGCAUGGCAUCCAGAGUGAAAAAACUAGAAACUACAGAUAACCACAAACCCAUCGGACUUUGAUUUAAAAACAUGGAUACAGUACUUACAGUAUGUGGCACAAUGGAGGGACCUCUGAGGACCUAAACUGUCUCUCUGUUUGUUGUUUUGUCAGUGAGAUUGUUCUGUGAAGAGACUGGUGGUUCGACCGCAGACUUAACCUGCACAAUUAACCAGGAGUGACACACCGCUAAGAGGGUAACUUGAGGAGGAAAUGAGAAAAGGAUGGGUAAAGGGAAAUAUGUAAGGAUGUGAAGGGUUUCGGGGCUUUGACUUUUCACAUCCAAACCACGGUCAUUGAAGUUACUAUACACCGGUGGUUGAAGCUGAAAGUUUUUAUUAAGUGCAAUAGGGCUCCAGCGUUUGCAGUGCAAUAAUCAGCCACACCACAAGCUGAUAUAAAACAAAGCUUUCUAUUUAAAUGUCCGCAUCACACCAAAUAUAUUUAAGUUGUGGUUUUUUUAUGACAUAUUUAAGAAGUAGGUAGUAUGACUGAUUUGUGUUAUUGUUCUUUUAAAGCUUUCUUUUAUGUUGUAGUGCAAAUGUAUCAGGUUAUGUCUCUGCCACAGCGUCUCCGCUUGGCUUAUAACUUUAGAACGCACUUAAAGUCCUCAGCAGUGAAGCUGCAAUAUGCAUAUGAUAUCAGCCGCUGGAACACAAAAUGAUCUGACUGUUUCAACCCUGGAUUAAAUAUGAGGGCUGCUUUCAUGAACAUGUUUUGAUCCUAGAUUAACAGAAUUUCAGCUAAAAUAUUUUGUCCUAAGACUUAAUCCUUGCUCACGGAGCUGAUGUGCAGUGUGGCUUCUCUGGGUGUAUUGUGCAGGUUUUGUCCUAAAGGUUCACUUCACUUAUUGUAAUGUGUCUAUAUUCUUCUAAACCAUAUGUAAAGGACCUGACUGAAGACAGAAAAAGCACCGUUUGCCUGAUGUGGAAGGACUCUGUUUUCAACACAUUCAAUACUCUGGUGCUAAAGAGGGGUUAGUCUGCCAGAUUCAAGUGAGCUGAAUGAUCCAAAGAUUCAAAGGGAGGAGAUUGGAGCACAGGAGGGCGUGUGGAAAUUGACAAGAAUUGACAGAAGAAGGGAAACACACCUUGUCAUCAACGUUGUAUGUGUGCUCUGUGGUAGUUGUCAUCAGAGGUUGUAGCAGCAUGAAUGAGCAUCAUCGACCACAAGCAGAGCGCUGUGCCUUACUGUGAGUUCACCUCCCGCAUUCACAGGCCCUGGCCCACACAUAGUAUCCCAAGUGGCUCCCUGGGUUUGCUCCCCAUUUAGUCUUACAUUCCCUCUUUAUUUAGCUCCCAACUAUCAAAUGCCAUUUGUUUGUGUCCAAGUGUCCUCUCAUAGCACCCCAAGGUACUCCUCUUGUUUGGCCUUUAGCUGUCAUCCCCCUGCUACCACCUUUCUUUGACCUCUGUUGCUCCCACUCUAUUUGCUUGGACCUUAUCUUCCUUACAUCCUCAGUUUGUCCGCUAAUGCCUUUCCCACCUCUGUCCCUAUAGUCUCUUCCUUCUCUCAAUUAUCUCUCUAGCAGCUGUAACCUUAAAGGACCAUUCCAGUGAUUUUUGCAUGUUUAGCUUUUCCUAAAGUAAUCAUUCUUAUUUUAAAACUCUGGUAUAAUUUUUCCUGCCUUUAAUCCAGCCAUUGGUUUCCAUUCUUUAAAAUAGAGACUUCUCACUUUCUGCACACCGGUAUUCCAUCACCGUAGUAAAUUCCUCCACAUUAGUUUUCCUGAAAGCAGCAGCACUGUUGUGUUUUGGACUUGAAAUUCGAUGAAAUUGUCUCUCCACCACGGAAAAUAGUCCUCGGGGAAAAAAUUUGCUUUAAACAGCAAAUUAUCAGUUCUGUUUUUUAUUAACGGAGAUGACUUUGUUAACCACUGAAGCAGAAUAUUAUAACGUGUGUUUGCAGCAAAAAUUCAGAUUUGAAAAAUUGAGGGAUUUUUCUUAUGUGUUGUGAAAUCCUUAUUACCCCUGCAUGAGUUGCAGAAUGGUUUGUUGCGAUGUAAAAUGUGGGUAAAUUAUAGUAAAUGAGCCAAAUAUUCAAAAUCACUGGUAUGGUCCUUUAAUUUUUCCCCUCCUCUUCACACCUCAGCUGCGUUGUUUCAUAAAUAUUGUUUGCUCAGCAUCAUUCUACACCAUCUUUUUCUUCAUUCCUUUUUUUUUUUUUAUAACCUUGACCCUCCAUCCCUUUGACCCACCACCUCUGUUUGAUCCUUGCUGUUUCUGUCAGGUACGAUGCCUCACUCUCGCCAUAAUCUGCUUCAUCCUGCUACAUCAGCAUUGACUCAGACAUUGGUAAAAUAGUAGUCGGAUACAUUUCAAAUUGUUCCCAGUUAAUGAAGUCGGUCGGUAUUAUGGAAGCUUUGUUUCCACCUCUGAAAUGUUCAGGUGGUCUGGUGAUUCAAAUCAAGUGCACCUCAAACUACACACUCAAAACUGCUUUCUCCAACAUCUUUUUGCCGACGUCUGUUGUGUGUACUCUGCCAUCAUCGCUUGACUUUUCCCUUAUCUUUAAGGCUACUAGACCACAUCCCAAGUUGUCCACAUUACAGCCAGGCAGGUCUCAGUGAGUUGUUGUGUGAGAAGUAUUGUGGCAAGGCAAGUACAUAGAGAUGUAUGUAGUCACUUUGCUUUAAUCUCAAACACUUGCCCAAGCACUGAGAUCUGACAGCUGGCUGCAAUGAAGAUGACUUAUUCUUUUACUUAAUUUGUACUGUGGCAGUGCUGAGGUCCAUAGUAGUUUGUUUUCUGCAGGCUGAAUCUCAUCAAGGUAGAAUGGCUUCAUUCCGUUUUGUUCAUGCUUUGCACUGACAGAGUUGACUCUGACAGGUGCAGCGUGAGUGCUGUCACCUGCAUUUCCACUUCAGAACAGUCUGCUUGGAAGAAGAAUAUAAUUAAAAAAGAACAACAAAGCCUUUCUUACUGAAAUUGAGAUUCAUUCCUGCUUCUUCUGUAUGCACACCUGAUAAGCAGGUGGUCUUAGUUUAAAAAAAAAAAAAAAAAAAAAAAGUCUGUCUCUUUCACUGUAUUUAUUCUUAAUGAUGAGUGUGAAAUGUUCUCACGAGUGUUUGAAAAACAAAUGAGUGACCAAUGAUGAUGAUGUUCUUAACUAAAGCGUGAUUUAUGUAUCCGGGGGAACACAGUUUGGCUGUUAUGAUGCUUCUGACUCUGAGGGUUGCACCUGUCAACCCUGACCACCAGGGGGCGCAUGACUAAUCAGCCCCACAGCAGAGCAAUCUGAAUAAGAUGUUUCCAUUUUCACUUUUUUAAAAAUGAUUUUAAAUUAUUAUUUUUAAAGAACUGUUAAUUAUAGUUUGAUUGUUUCACUUCUAUAUGUGUUUGUUGUUGUUUUCUCUGCGUGAAAUCAUAGCUUUUUGUUUGAUGUAUGAAGGGGAUUUACGUGUGAAUGGAGGACAAUGGAAAGCAGCCAUCAAAGUCAAUGUUGGACUGUAAUGAAAAGGCAAAUGGUUUUCUGUUCCUUCUUAAAAGUCAUCAGGAAGCAGUAAAAGUCUGCCUCUUCUGCAUGAUAUUGCCUGUUGAUGCUGUUCUGAAACCUAUUUGUCAUUUCUCUGACAACAAGUAAUGGUUUGGCAGGGAGAUGGAGACGCAGGGAAGCUGGGUCCAAGUCGGUGCUUGAAAGCCAGAACAGUUCAAGUCCUCCAGGGAGUGAGCAGGGUGCUGAGGUUUUGAGUCUCCUGUUUGACCAGAGGGGGGCACUAGACCCUUGCCAAAAAUUAUAAUUGUCAAAAUGAUUAGGUUUCUCUGGACAAAUGACUGGUAUAUUCAUAUGCAUAGCAUUGCUUUACAAUGUAGUCUUUGGAUGAGCAGUGAUAAUGAAAUGCUCAAGUCCUUGAUGAAUGCAUGCUAAUAACCCAAGGAGCAGUGCAACUUAAAAGCUUUAAGCACUGCAUGUGGAAGGAAGAAUCUCUAUUUAUAUUUAAAAUUCAGGAUGUAUUAUUAUAAAAUGUCAUAUACUUAUUUUACCGGCCUUUGGACAUGUUUGGAAAUUGUUUAAAAUUACUGGAUCAUAUUUAUUUUAAAACCUGUGAGCCUUGGUGAUGACAUUCAGUCCUGUUAAUGUGAAUAUGGGUAAAAAAAAUAUUAUGAUUCCUUGAUAGUGGAUUAUUCAAUGAUUUUGUUGUAUCUGUUAUACAGUGGAAAUUAAGAGAGCCAUUUGUUUGUCUGUUUUUAUCCUUCAUUCAAGAAACCACUGAAAUCAGCAGCGUCCGCUUGUGACCAGUCUUGUCAGAUCAUAAUGAGAUCAGAAAAUCGAGAUAAUUAGAGUCUGUGUGUGUGAAGUACCUCUGAAAAUUAUUGCUGAUCAGAGAACAAGUCACCAGUGAGGCUCAUUAUUGUGUGAGUCAAGAUCAUUACACACCACUUCCUCGGUCCGUGGUCUCAUGGCUCAUGAAGACAGACUGGGAAUUUGUGUAUUUGAACUUCUGCGUGCAUCCCUCUCUGGUCUGACUGUCCCUCAUGCCUAUGAUCCCCAUCUGUCACUCAGCUGUUCAUAUAUUGCACUUUUUAUUUUUCUUUGUCUUUUUUCCAUGUGGUACUCAGGAACAUCAAGCAACGCUACAGAAAGAUAUUAGUUUGUGAUGUCAGCCUGUGUGUAUGUAUGUUUGUGUGUGAGUGAGAGAGAAAGGGUUGUUUUUCGUUUUGUUUAACAUUUUGUUGACAGGCGGCAGCUCCCAAGCAUGUGCAGAGUGUGUAGGGGAGGUCUGUGAGGUGUGCUGUGUGUGUGACACACACACUGAUGUCCUCUUGUCCAGAGAUGGCUUGCUGUAUACAUCAUGCUUUUCAAGAAAACUGAAGCAAAAGCAAUGCUGCAAAUGGCAAAAUCAUUAUUAAUAAAAAAAUAUAUUUAAAUUGUU